AUGGGGGGCAGCCUCGCAGCGCUGCUGCUCGAGUUCGCCGGCGUCUGGCCGCCAAAGGGCCUCCCAGCCGCGCGGCCGGCGCCCGCGCCAUUUCUUUUCUGCGUCCUCCUCGCGGCUGCCCUUCUGUGGGCCGUCGUCAAGCUCCUCCUCUGGCUGCUCGAGCCGCUGCUGCAGUGGCAGCAAGAGAACGGAAAACCGCCUAGGUCGUUUCUCCUUGCGCCUUUGUCGUCUCUCUCUCCUGGAGCUGCGUUUCCAUCGUGCUCCCUGCCUCCCGCCGCGUCGCCCGCGUCGCUUACUGGGGCGGCCGAAGACCUUCUGCAGCGUCCUCCCUCCGUCGACCUCACUGUCGUCGUUCCCGCCUUCAACGAAGCGCUGCGGCUGCCUGUCGCCCUUGCUGAGCUCCUCUGGUUCCUUGAGGCGCGCCGCGCGGCCUCGGGCCUCUCUGCCGCGUCUUGCCGUCCGGCUUCUUCUCUUUCUUCUUCCCUUUUAUCUUCUCCCGACUUGGCCUCCAGCGCACGCGCGCGCCCGGAGCGGCAGGCCACUGAAGCCGCCGGCGCGGGGGGCGUGCCCGCGACCGCGUCUCGCGCGCCUUCUGCGCCUCCAGACUCCUCGGCGUCCACCUUUUGGGCGCGUGUCGCCUGUCUGUCGCCGCCCGCGGGGCUCCUCGAGCAGGCCGUCGAGCGGGCGCCUCAGUCGCCCUUUUUCACGUACGAGAUAAUCGUCGUGGACGACGGAAGCUCGGACGGCACAUGUGACAUCCCCGGGCUGCUCGCAGCCGCGAUCCUCUCACCUUCUUCGUCGCCCUCUGCAGGUCUCGCCGCGCGUGCCGCCUCCGCGGCCUUCGAAGAGGCGUCGCGUGCAUGCGGAGAGGUGCACCGCGGGACAAGACUUGCCGAGCCCAGCCGUCAAUCCGCGGCCUGCGCCUGCCCAGACGCCUCUUCUUUCUCUUCUUCCUUCUCGCUGCAGUCUUCUGUCGCGACUGCGGCGGUGCGCGCGGCGGCGAAAGUCCAUCUGCGCGCACAGCAUAGACUCGCCGAAGCGUGCCCUUCGCCCGAGGAGAGGCCUGCAGAGGCGAGCGCAGAGGCAGAGAGUGAAGCCGCGAGGAACGACGCCCCGUCGCCUCCGCUUCGCGGGGAGGGGGCGGGUGUUCCCGCGUCCUCGCCGCUCGCUGCGGUUCGCCUUCUGCGGCUGAAGACGAAUCAGGGUAAGGGAUUUGCUGUGAAGCUCGGCGCCAAGUUCGCACGCGGGCGACUCCUGCUGAUGGCGGACGCCGACGCCGCAACGCCGGUCGAAGGCCUCGUGCUGCUGGAGCGCGCGCUGGCUGAGAAGGGGCGACGCACGUUGGGGACUCUCGCCGCGAACGACGCGCCUCAAACAGAGCCGGGCGCUGCCUCACAAGCGCACGCCGCCGCGCCGGAAGUCUGCGACGGCAGCAGGGAGGAGAGUGACGAUGGCGCCAGCGAGCGAGGCUCUAUGCACUUGCCGCCCUCUGCGUCCACAGAUGCGACCUGGCGAGUCCUAUGUCGGCUGCGCGCGGUGGGUGACUCCGGCGACAGCGCGGGAGAAGAGAGAGAAACAGGAGAGGCGAGUGGCGAGGGAGACGACGGCAGCGCGUCCUCUGCAGCUUGGCGGACGCCGCUGGUCGCUUUCGGGUCGAGGCGGAAGCUCGAAAAAGCGGCAAUCGCCUCCCGCAGCUGGCAUAGGAACUUUCUGAUGCAUGCGUUCCACUGGUGUGUGCGCGUCGUCGUUGGCGAUUCGCGAGUUAAGGACACUCAGUGCGGGUUCAAGCUCUUCACGCGGGCGGCGGCUCGCACGCUGUUUCCACGCAUCCAUCUGCGUCGCUGGGCCUUCGACGUCGAGCUCCUGCUUCUCGCGCGGAAGCUGCGCGUCCCCGUCGCCGAAGUACCAGUCGCGUGGCUCGAAAAAGAAGGCAGCAAACUGCAUGUCCUCCGCGCCUCCUUCCAGAUGGCCCGCGACAUCUUGCUGCUCAAGUGUAUGUACGCUGCAGGCAUCUGGAAGGCGUGA